GCUGCUCUCUCUGUGAGAGUCGAUGAGCUUUCGUACUUGACGUAGCAACUUUAUUUCCUACUUCCUGGUCUAAACUAUGCUCAAGAGCAAUGGCCCCACUUCACUUUUCGCGGUUUAAACGCUGUAAAUAUUAGUAGAAAUGAAUGCACAAGUAACUUUAUUAAAAAUCGACUACUUCUCAUAAGCGGUAAGUGAUCGAUUUAAUUGAUUAUUAGUUGUCGGUCAGGUGAUGAUCUCUUAACAGGCCUGAUCGAGCUCAAAUCAGCGCCAGUCUACUGAAAAUAAAAAUGCUUUCGUAAUAAAAGCCGAAAUAUUUUCUGUAAACGAAAUAUUAGUCGAUAGUCGUUUUGUGGAUGAAUUACUAGCUCUGGAUAUUUCUUUACACUUACUAUCUUUUUGAAUUGUGUUUUUAGCAGAAUUUGACAAUGGCAGAUACAAGCCCUCAGCGCCCUCAGCGCAAGCUGUCCCGAGCUGGAGAAAGUUUAUACGAGACAUUAGGCUUGCCGAAAGGAGCUUCAUCUGAAGAUAUUAAGAAAGCAUACAGGAAACUGGCACUGAAGUAUCACCCAGACAAGAACCCCAACAACCCUGAAGCGGCAGAGAAGUUCAAAGAGAUCAACAAUGCCAACACCAUCCUCAACGACGACACCAAACGACAGAUCUACGACCAGUAUGGCUCCAUGGGUCUCUACAUCGCAGACCAGUUCGGAGAAGAGAGCGUUAAAUACUACUUCCUCGUGUCCAAAUGCUGGUUUAAGACACUCAUGGCAUUGGGAAUGAUCUUCACAUGCUGCUGCUGCUGUUGCUGCUGCUGUUUGUGUUGUGGUAAAUGUGGCAGUUCAGAGAACGAAGAACAUUUUCACUAUGUGGAUCCAGAUGAGCUGGAGGCGGAGAUGUCAGAGGAGCAGAACAGAGGCAAUGACACAGUAAUAACAGGACAGCCUAUUCCCAGUCCAGCACCUGGAAAUUCAGGAAGCACUGUGAUUGUAGGAAUGCCCAUUCCUGCCCACUCAGAUGGAGACACUUCUGUACUGAUCACUUCAGACGUACAUGUGGCACAAGAGUAGCGCAAACUGCGACCUCCAGAGUUGUUAAGAAGACUGACUUACUCCUGUUUCUGUCUGUAGAAAUGCGUUUGAGCAUCAGUGGUUUGAAUUACACAGUGCCUGUGCAGUCUUUGUGGCUUGUUUGAUCUCCACACAUAAAGCUAUUUGUCACCCCGGACCGCAAAACAUCAUCUGAAUACAUCAACAAUUCUAUGUUGAUGUAUGUAUCUUCUACAUCAUCUGAAAGCUGAAUAAAUAAGCUUUCCAUUGAUGUAUGGUUUGUUAGGUUUGGACAAUAUUUGGCCAAGAUACAACUAUUUGAAUAUCUGGAAUCUGAGGGUGCAAAAAAAAUCAAAAUACUGAGAAAAUUGCCUUUAAAAUUGUUCAAAUUAAGUUCUUAGCAAUGCAUAUUACUGAUCAAAAAUUAAGUUUUCAUAUGUUUACGGUAGGAAAUUUACAAAAUAUCUUCAUGGAACAUGAUCUUUACUUAAAAAGAAAAAUCUCUAAUUUUGAUUUAUACAAUGUAUUUUUGGCUGUUGCUAUAAAUAUAUCCCAGCGACUUAAGACUGGUUUUGUGGUCCAGGGUCACAUUUCUGUUUACAUAAUUUUAUAAUUGUCUUUUGGUUGCUUGAAUGUUUUUUUUUUUUUUUUUUUUUUAAGAAACACUUUAUUUUGUAAUGCUUCAUUUAAAGCAGCUGUAUGGAGUUUUUGAGUAUUUUUGUGACUUUGGAGCCCUCUACAGUACAGUGGAGUUCACUGUUGUACAGUGGGUCACUGUAUACGUGCAUUUUGCGGAAUUUUGUACCGCUCGAUAAACUUACUACCAGAACAGACUUUUGGAAAGAAACGGGAAGCCAUUUGCCUUAUUAGAAGUCUGAUAUUUCAAGGUAAAAACAUACAUACAGUUGCUUUAAAUGACCUCUAUAGAGUACAACCAAACAUCUUGCACAAGAAAGUCAACCUGAUGUAAUACCACAAUUUUCUGUUCGUAUAACACCAGAAUAAUCGAUUUGCUCAAAAUUACAUUUUCUAUUUAUCUAAAUAUCAUACAUUGUUUAAAGGUUAAACCAUGCUUUUUCAGUGAAAUCUAAUAUGCGCACUUUGUGUGCUUUACAAUACAGUAAUUCUUGAGCAUAAAGUUUGUAUUAUUAAUGCUGUAUUUGUACAAUGUGGAGUCAUUAAGGCUCCAAUACAUGAUAAUGAAUAAGUCCCAACAGUCUUUUCUUAUCUGUAUAUGCACACAAACAUAUUUCAUCUAACAGACAACUAUAUGUGGAAGGUUGCAAGCGAACCUUAACCUCUGUGGAACAACUAUUUUAUGACACAAUAAUUUGGUAUGAUGCUGAUUUUUAGAAGGUUCAGAUGAAUGUAUGUAAAUAAUUAUGCAAAUAUAUAAUAAUAUUAUACAAUAUGAUCAUUAAAGCAGGGGUUCAGAGUUUAAAGGACCUCUGUAAUCGUGCCUCACUGGUGAUAAAGCUGGUAAUUUGCAGGUGAAUGUAUUGUAUAUUGUGGUAAUAUUGCACAGCCUCAGGGAUGGUUUUGUCUGAGAUAAAAACAUUUUGUUUAUAAUUGAAGUUGAUUUCUAUGUGGAAUUAAUACAUUUUCAAUGACACAGAUCAAUAAAUAUAUUGAUAAAUAAAGUUGAUUACUUUAUCUCUACUCAAGCUUUUUAUAUCUGUUUAUAUGAAUCUGUACAGCAAAAACAAAAUAUGCUUUUAGACGGUUUUGCUAACAUUCUGAAAACAUGAUUUCUGAAUGUUCUCAAAAGGUUUUUAUUGGUUAUGUGAAUGUUAAAAACAUAUAUUAAAGGGGAUUUUCAAUUUUA